GUUACGCCUCGAUGACUAUAAGUGCCAUUGCGCUGUCUGGCGUUUCCGACCAUCACCUCGUUCAUCGGCACUCACCUGCACUCAUUGCUGCCGUCGAGACUUCUCUUACACUUUCAGUUCUCUGCUUCAGACGGACAUGUCCCAGCUACCGGCCCAGCCAUCGUGUAGGCCACCGGGUCACUUGUCAGACGAAGGAUACCUUGCCUAUCAACAACCCACUGCCGCAGGCUCGUCGAAGUCAGCUAAGGUCUCGUCAGAGUCUGCCCAACGUGGCUCUCAAUAUCUCCGCAAUAGCCCAGCGGGCAUGAAUGCUCAGUCCGCCGUUACAGGUCUGCGACGAUCGCCUGCAUCACCUGACGCAAUUGACAUCGAUCGCCUCCUGGCUCAGCUUCAAGACUCAACAACAGAGCCGUCCUCGAGGCAUGCAAGAGAAGCCCAACUCAGCCCCGGCUCAGAACAGACCGGAAACAGAUCUCUCGAAAAUCGCAUGCUGUCUGGCGUACAAUCAGAUUUGCCCAUGCACAGCAUUGCAGAACGAUUAGAACGACUGAAGAAGGGUCUCUGCAGACUCGAAGAGGCCAAAGAAUUCCAACGGAGUAAAGUUGGCGCCACGAACAACCAACUCGGGCGUAUCAACGAGGAUGUGAGAAAAAUCAAGACGUCUAUAGACUCGUUGAUGCCGCCACUUCCAUUCGCUGGGAACAGUUUUGGGGACGGAACCCAAUGAAGGACGACAAUCUCGGUCCGAA